UUUCCCGGAACGACUCCUCCCCUGGCGGGCCUGGGAGGUUCGACUCCCAAUAUGCAAGGCAUGAGUGAACAGGAACAAGCGAUGGUCAAAAUGAUGUACGCCGCUAUGGAGUCUUGUCCGGUGAAGACCGUCAUGGCUGGUGGAAUGGGUUUUGCUCUCGGAGGAGCCUUCGGUCUGUUUAUGGCCAGUAUGUCCUACGAUUCCACCUUCACUCCUCAAGGUCGCGAGAUCGCAAACCUGCCCUGGCGCGAACAGGUCCGCCGCGGCUUCAAAGACAUGGGUUCCCGUUCCUUCUCCUCGGCCAAGAACUUCGGCAUCGUCGGCGCCCUCUACUCCGGGACGGAGUGCUGCAUCGAGGGCCUCCGGGCCAAGAACGAUCUCACCAACAGUGUCGCGGCCGGGUGCAUCACCGGCGGGAUUCUGGGCGCCAAGGCCGGUCCUUCUGCAGCGGCGGCGGGCUGUGCUGGUUUUGCCGCGUUCAGCGCGGCGAUCGAUGCGUAUAUGCGGAUGCCAUCGGACUCUGAUUAGAGGGGGGAGAAAAAAAGAUAUUCAAGGAUAUACGGGUUGAUUUCUCAUUGGGACGGCGCAGUGUUGUGUUCUACAGUUCUACAUUGAUCGGGAUAGAUCGGAAGCAUUUUCGGCGUUAUUUGGUUUAUUUUUCGAUUGGAUAUCUGAAGAAGAGGUAUAUAACCACUGUGGUGGUUCAAUUGGGGUGUGCGAUACAUAUUACUUACUCACAACUCUUGUACAAUAUCAAGA